CCAGCUAGCCAGCUAGCCGCCGUGAAAGCGACCAGAGACCUUUAAGAAAUAACGCAGAGCACCGGACGGCUUCCUGGAUGAGACACAUUCAUCCAGAAAUACCAACAACCCGUCUUUAUGGGACGCUUGUUCGGCGGAUAUCCCGACGCGAUGGCCAGCUAGCGAGCCCUCCUGAGCUAGCUGCAGCUAGCUGGUCGGCUAGCCGGGGUAGGAGCUCCGCUAGACCCGCAUACAACUCCGCUUUUUCCGGCCUUUUUUUUUUUAAUUGCUUCCGUGCCAUGCCAUCUUUAAUGUAACCGUGCUUUUUGUUUGUACGUUUAUGAAUUAAAUCAUUAAGAGAGAUGCUUUCUUUUUUAAAUAUGUAGGUCAGUGUUGGCAGCCAAUGAUCGCUAUGUGGGUCAGAGACAUCACCGAGUCAGCCUGUUAGCACGAACAGCUGGUUAGCACGUUAGCACGUUAGCUAGCUGUGUUUUUAUUUACCAGUCAUUUAAAACGUAAACAAAAGCCGAUAACGUUCAUGCACAUGGUUGUGUCAGUGAGGGUUAUUCCCCAGCGUGUGUGUCUGAGGUUAUCAUCGAGGGCAGCAUUUAUUUAUUUUUAAUAUCCCGGGGUCAUCGUUAGCUAGCUGAGUUAGCUCGGUUCCUGCUAGCUAAGCUAACCGAGCAGCUUCUCCCUGAUCAACCAGGAAUCUACGUGGUCAUGCUGAGUGUGAAGCCGUGUUUCCUCAUUUCCUAGCCGGCCAGCAGCAGCAGCAGCUUGGUGCAGACAGAGCAGACUGUUUCUGGGGUUUUGGCGAGAGGAGUGAUGGCAUUUCACGGCGCAGGCCGUCAGACCGUCUGUGGAGACUUGUUUCCGGGCUCCGAGCUGGGCCACAAGUAUUUCUGUGUGAACUCCUCCUGUGGAGCUCCAUCCACGGGCCUCAGCGCCACCCCGUGUCUGACCGGACCCACCGCCCCGGCCGGGACGCCCCGACACCCCACGGCUCUGGGAGGCAGCGCAGGUGGAGGAGCGGCGGUGCCUCAGCCCUACAGCAACCCAGCCAGCGAGGUGCCGAGCCCCGCAGAGAUGGAGCCGGACCGCCCUAUCGGUUAUGGAGCCUUCGGUGUCGUCUGGUCUGUCACAGAUCCACGAGACGGUCGCAAAGUGGCUUUGAAGAAGAUGCCGAACGUCUUCCAGAACCUGGUCUCCUGUAAGAGGGUCUUCAGAGAGCUGAGGAUGCUGUGCUUCUUCAAACACGACAAUGUUUUGUCAGCGCUGGACAUUUUGCAGCCUCCACAAAUCGACUGCUUUGAAGAAAUCUACGUGAUCACAGAGCUGAUGCAGAGCGACCUCCACAAAGUCAUCGUGUCUCCUCAGCCGCUCACCACUGAUCACAUCAAGGUCUUCCUCUACCAGAUCCUCAGAGGUCUGAAGUAUCUUCACUCUGCUGGGAUUCUGCACCGAGACAUCAAACCUGGAAACCUGCUGGUCAACAGCAACUGUCUGCUCAAGAUCUGUGACUUCGGCUUGGCCCGUGUGGAGGAGCCCGACCCGACCCGUCACAUGACCCAGGAGGUGGUGACUCAGUACUACCGAGCGCCGGAGGUGCUGAUGGGCUGCCGGCACUACGGCUCGGCCAUUGACGUCUGGUCGGUCGGCUGCAUCUUCGCCGAGCUGCUGGGACGACGCAUCCUGUUCCAGGCUCAGAGUCCGAUCCAGCAGCUGGAUCUGAUCACAGACCUGCUGGGAACUCCUCCUCUGUCGGCUCUGUCGUCGGCCUGUGAGGGAGCCAGAGCCCACAUCCUGAGGGGGCCGCACAAACCGCCGUCGCUGUCAGUGCUCUACAUGCUGUCUGAUGGAGCGACUCACGAGGCGGUGCACCUCCUCUGUCGGAUGUUGGUCUUUGACCCGGCCAAAAGGAUCUCCGGCAGCGACGCCCUCUCCCACCCGUACCUGGACGAGGGCCGCCUGCGUUACCACACCUGCAUGUGUCAGUGCUGCUACUCCGUCCCCAGCGGCCGCGUCUACACCCGCGACUUUGAGCCGGUGGCUGAGCGCCCGUUCAGCCACAGCUACGAGAACAGCCUGCUGUCCGUGUGGCAGGGGAAAGAGCUGAUCCAUCGCUUCAUCACCGAGCACCAGCAGGGAAAACGGGUGCCGCUGUGCAUCAACCCUCAGAGUGCUGCGUUCAAGACCUUCAUCAGGUCCACUGCAUGGCACUCCUCAAAGGUGUCCAGGAAGGAGGAGAGAUGAACGGUCCUCCUCUCCCUCACAAGGAGCGAUGGCAGGGUUCAAGAAAAAAAAGAUUUCAUUGGCCGUGAAGAUACCGAAGAGUUUGGGUCCCUUUUUUUUAUUAUAUAUUUGAAAACCUGGUGAGAUGAAAACACCUGAGCUCCUCCUCGAUUUCCUCCAUCGUUUAGUUUGUUUCCUAAAACGAAAACUACCGCUUCACUUUUCUAAACGACCCAAACAGCUGAUGCUCGCUGCGUUUUUUUCGGUGCUGAAAAUAUAAAGGAAGGAAAAAAAAGAAAUGCUGCUGAAGAGCUCGAGGAGGAACAAGAGAAGAGGAACUCGGUACUAGUUUGGAUUUUCCAUCAACAUUAGUAGAGACUUUAAGAAAUAAUGCUUUUAAUUGUUUGCUAGGAUUGUUGCUUAGUUGAUGUUUUUUUUUUUUUGUUUGUUUGUUUGUUUUUUUAAAGUCAUUCCAGCCGUGUGCAAUAUGGUUUAAUUUAAACAAACGGUAAAACCACGAAACGACCACGAACCGGAUCCUGAACACAAUGCGACCCAAUCGACCGCCACGGGUUCCUCCUGUUUAUUUUAACUGCAUUUGAACACAUCACUCACUGUGUUUCUCGCUGCGUGGCGUCAAUAAUGCAAACUAACAGAUGUAGCAGGUUUUAACCACAGAUCCCUGUGUUCCUCCACUAACUGUUGGCUAUGUUUUAUUAUUUCAUUCUGCUUCCUGUUUAUCACAGUGAGUGAAGUCUGGUCCUGGAUCAGUGUCGUGUUUUACCUAAAGAAGGAAACAGGAACUCAUUGCCCCCAAGGAUGUUAAAGUCUGACGUCAACAGAAGCAAACUAUUUUAUUUUGAAAGUUAUGACAGGAAAGUUUACGACGACGUAUAAGGGCCAGUAUAGGUAAAAAUAAUAUUCAUUACAGAGACGGGGGAGAUUGAAUUUUGAACGUUUUUGAGAAAAAUAUUCUUUGAGAUUUGAGUGGUAAAUUUAUUAGGAAAAACAAGCAAAUUAACAAACAAAAAAAUACUGUUAAAAUACUGUUUUGUUUUGUUUUUUGUCAAAGCAUCCCACCGCUUUACUUUGAAAUUAUGGAACAAUCUCGUCUUUAUUAUCUCAGAACAUAUUUGAGGCU